AUGUAUAAUGCAUUCAUAGAGGAAUAUUUGGCAUUGGGGCAUAUGGCACUGGUACCAAGGGAUUCCAGGGAAAAGGUAAAGUACCUUGCACCGCAUACGUUUGUGUUACGGCCAGAAUCUACAAGUACUAAACUGCGGGUAGUGUUUGACUGCAGUUGUAAGACCUCAUCGGGGCUCUCUUUGAAUGAUGUAAUGUGCAAAGGACCCAUUGUACAAGAUGACUUGCUAGCGAUCGUGUUGCGCUUUCGAUGCUAUAAGUAUGCGAUAACAGCGGAUGUGACGAAAAUGUAUCGGCAAGCCUGGGUGAGUGAAGAGGAUUCAUUUUAUCAAUGUAUAUUGUGGCGGCCAACCCCAAAUGAAGAUAUUGAAGUAUAUCGCUUAUUGACGAUCACGUACGGAACGGCGUCCGCGCCAUAUCUGGCGACAAGAUGUGUAAAGGCACUUGGUGAACAGUGCGCAGAGAAGUUUCCAUAUGGUGCAAACAAGGUUUUAUCAGAUUUUUAUAUGGAUGAUCUGAUAUCAGGUGCAGACUCCGAUGAGCAGCUACAACAAAUUUACUCGGAGGUCAGCGAGAUUUUAAGUUCUGCAGGGUUUGAGCUACGUAAAUGGUACUCGAAUAAUAGUGAAUUUUUGAAGAAAGUGCCAUCGGAUGAUCAAGAGAAGCCACUGCUUAUGAACGAUGCCGAAAUCAUCAAAACUCUCGGUAUUAUAUGGGAGCCCACUUCCGAUGUGUUUCGUUAUGAUUGGCCGGAGCUGAAAAUGGAUAAACCGGUGACAAAACGGAUUGUGCUGGCGGAGAUUGCGAGUCUGUUUGAUCCUCUCGGUCUAAUAAACCCCAUAAUCGUAAAGGCUAAGAUCUUUUUGCAAAAUCUGUGGAUUAUAAAGGUACAUUGGGAUGAAUCCCUACCAUUGGAGGAUAACGCUCAGUGGAUCAGAUUUCGCGAGAAACUGCCUUUGGUCAAAGAUAUACGAGUACCACGAUAUAUUUUGGCGAAAAAUGGUCCUGCCCGAGUCGAAUUACACGGAUUUUGUGAUGCGUCGCUGCGGGCUUAUGGGGCAUGCGUGUACAUUCGCACCGUCAAUGAGCUGGACGAGGUUACGGUGGCGCUGUGGAGCGCCAAGUCCAGAGUGGCACCAUUAAGAACUAAGUCGCUACCACGAUUGGAAUUACUUGGAGCUGCCAAAAAUUUCCUCAUCAUUUAUAAUGUCUGA